GGCGGGUCACGAAUUUAAGGUCUUUUCGAAUUCCCUCUUCUCCGAAACCUCCUCGCUUUCUUACCGUUCUCUCUCAGUACAGUCUCGGUCCGCCAUUUAUAGGGUUAGGUUUUCGCUCCAAUUUCUCGCUCUCCUUUUGCAAGUUACACUGGGAGGGUGCCCUUUGGAGUUUCCUCUCUUUAAUCGCAGAGUUUUUUCUCCUUACUCUAAUCUUUUUUUCCGCUGUGUCGAGAAGAACGAUCGUCGCCCAGUUUCUCUCUCUAGGGUUUCAUCAACUGCCAUCCAGUUGUUUAGAAGGACAGGCAUUCGAGUUCUCUCUCCAUGCCUUCAUCCUGUAGCGAUUCUCUCUUUAUUUUCCAUUGCUAUUCAUUGCUUACUUCCCUGCUCCUAGGGUUUUUUUUUUUUUUACUAGCAUUGUUACCCUAACCCAAAUCACCACUAUUGCAUGCUCGCACUUCUGUUUGCUGUUUCAUCUCCAGGUUUCUCUCGGUACCAUAUAUUUUCUGUACAUUUGUUCCGUUUUCAAUUUUCUCUAGGUUUGAUCUUCCUAUAAAUUUUAAAUAAAAUGGCUGUUAAUCUUACUGUGAAUUCCAUACCCCAAAUCUGCGAUGGUCAUGAUGAGGGGUUCAAGCCAGUUGUUCAGAUUGUGGACCUAAGAUCAGUUGGCUCUGAUAAAACAACUGCUGAUCGAUUUCGCAUGGUGGUCUCUGAUGGCGUUCAUGGACAACAAGCUAUGCUUGCUACCCAAAUGAAUGAUUUUGUGAAGAAUGGGACGUUGCAGAAGGGUUCGAUCAUUCAAUUAAAUGAAUUUAUCUGCAAUACUAUUCAGAAUCGCAAGAUCAUCAUCAUAUUGAACAUGGAAGUCGUCCUUACAGACUGCGAAGUAGUUGGGAAUCCAAGACCUUAUGUAUCCACAAACCCUUCUGCUCCUGAGCAGGGAAGUGGUCCUUCAACGCCUGGAAGUGGUCCUCCCAUGUCUGUUCAGUCAUCUUCCAUGCCUCAGCAGAGACCCCUAAUGAUGGAAAACCCUCAAGUUGGAGCUGGUUCAUAUAAUAAUCCUCGACCUCCAUCAGGGCCAAACAUCAAUAGAGGACCUCCCAUGAAUGUAACACCAGAACCAGGUUUUAGGCAGUCUGGGUCAGAGUCAUUAGCUAGAGGCUACAAUAAUUCACCAUCACCCAACAUGGUUGGUUACAACCAAAACUCUAUGCGUCCUCAAACGAACACAUUCCGGCCUCCUAUGGGCCAGCAAAGUUAUAAUCAACCUCCCCCAAUGUAUGUGAACAGAGGGCCCAUAGCCAAGAAUGAAGCCCCGACAAGGAUAAUCCCCAUUGCAGCUCUGAAUCCUUACCAAGGGAGAUGGACUAUUAAGGCUAGGGUUACGGCCAAAGGUGAUCUUAGGCGUUAUAACAACCCUAGGGGGGAGGGGAAGGUCUUUUCCUUUGAUCUCCUUGAUUCAGAAGGUGGAGAAAUUCGCAUAACUUGCUUUAAUGCAGUAGCUGACCAGUUCUAUGACAGGCUUGAGGUCGGAAAGGUGUACUUGGUAUCGAAAGGGAGCUUGAAGCCAGCUCAAAGGAACUUCAAUCACCUCAAUAACGAGUGGGAAAUCUUCCUUGAGUCCACCUCUACAAUAGAACCUUGCAUGGAGGAGGACCCCUCUAUUCCGAGGCAGCAAUUCAACUUCAGGCCCAUCAAUGAGAUAGAGCACAUGGAGAGCAACUCUAUGGUCGAUCUGAUAGGAAUUGUAUCAUCCAUUAAUCCUUCAGCCACUAUAAUGAGAAAGAAUGGUACUGAGACUCAAAAAAGGACACUUCAACUCAAAGACAUGUCAGGUCGAGGGGUCGAGGUGACCUUAUGGGGAAACUUCUGCAAUAAUGAAGGCCAACAUCUCCAAGAUAUGUGUGAUUCUGGGGUCUUUCCUGUAUUGGCAGUGAAGGCUGGUAGGGUGAAUGAUUUUAGUGGGAAAUCGGUGGGCACGAUCUCUACAAGCCAGUUGUUUAUAAACCCUGAUUUCCCUGAGGCACAACAGUUAAGAGAAUGGUUUGAUAGAGAUGGAAAGAGCAUGCCUUUCCCCUCUAUAUCCCGAGAUUCAUAUAAUACAUCUAGGGCUGAUAGUCGAAAAACUGUGGCCCAAAUCAAGGAUGAGGGGCUUGGAAGGUCGGAAAAGCCAGAUUGGAUCACUGUAAAGGCCAUUAUCUCCUUCAUCAAGGUGGAUAACUUCUGCUAUACUGCUUGCCCCCUUAUGGUUGGGGAUAGGCAAUGCAACAAGAAGGUGAACAACAAUGGCGAUGGCACUUGGCACUGUGAUAGGUGUGAGCAAACCUUCCCUGAAUGUGACUACAGGUACCUCCUUCAGGCCCAAAUACAGGACCACACUGGGUUAACUUGGGUAACUGCAUUCCAAGAGUCCGGAGAAGAACUCAUGGGUAUUUCCGCAAAGGAUUUAUACUUUCUAAAAUAUGAAGAACAAGAUGAUGUGAAAUUUGCAGAUAUACUCAGGAAUGUGGUGUUUAAUGAGUAUAUGUUCAAGCUGAAAGUCAAGGAGGAGAUUUACAGUGAUGAGCAGCGUGUUAAAUCCACCAUAGUUAAGGUUGAAAAGUUGAAUUUUUCAUCGGAGUGCAAGUAUCUGGUUGAGAUGUUAGAGAAGGAGAAGCUCUCAGCUGGGGGCCCUCCUGGUGUGUCAGGGGUGGGAACCAGCAUGGGCAGCAUUCAUUCUGGUGGAAGUGGGUAUAGCCUUGGAACUAAUAUAGCCGGUCAGAAUGUUAAAAUUGAGAAUGGCAAUGGGGUUCAGUAUGUUAAAAGGGAAAGUAGCAGUGGGGGUCAGUUGGCUAACAUGGGAUAUAACAGUGGGAGUAAUUCUAUGAACUCUAACAACAUGGGUUUCAACAGUGGGGCUGCUUCGAUGAACUCUAACAUGGGUUUCAACAGUGGAACUGCUUCGAUGAACUCUAACAUGGGUUUCAACAAUGGGAAUGCUUCUAUGAGCUCAAACAACAUGGGUUUCAACGGUGGGAAUGCUUCAUUGAAUUGUUACAAGUGUGGAGGUGUUGGGCAUAACUCCGUGAAUUGCCCUAGGAAUAGGCUUUCAAAUUCUGAACAAAGUUUUGGGGGCUCUUCUGACCAAUGCUUCAAGUGUAAGCAAAGUGGCCACUGGGCAAAAGACUGUCCGGGAGUUGGUGGGGGUUCCUAUGGGAACACGGGCUCAAUGGGUGGUUAUGGAAUGAGGGUUAACAGUUAUGGUGGUGGUCAUUGAAUAAGCCCUGAAACAGGAGACGGUGGUGUCCAUCUGAAGCCUGGUUCUGAAGAAGAGCAUUUAGUUUCUAGAGCUUUGCUUUCUUUUGCUGUCAGGUCAUCCCUUUAGACUUAUUGUACAGAAACGCUCUUGAGUUACUUGGCGCAUGGUAAGUUCCAUAGGUGACCAUUUUGUUUGUCUUUUGUUUUUUUGUAAUAUAUAUUUUGUUUUGAUAAAUGGUGGGAAGUUGUGCAUUC